AUGUCUUCUCUCCGUGGAGCUGAGAAACUUGGCCAGAGAUUGUCCGAUGAGUCGGAAGCAACUCUUGAGGAGACGCAAGAGUUUCUACUCAGAGGAAAUAUGAAUUAUCCAACGUAUUCUGCUCGAAACCGACAUCUAAAAGGAUUUGGAUUCUUUUUUUGGGUAGUUACAUGCAUCAACGCAGUCCUAUUCCCGUUUUCUGCUGUUUGUUCUUUGUCUGCUUUCCAGUGGAAGAACACAAUACAGAAAAAUCACGACAAUUCACUGCUGCGGUUGACAAGCUGGUACUCACCGGUUUUCGACCAGACCCAAAUAGAUAUUAUCGAAAAGAGAGUUAACGGCUCACUUUUGAACUUGGACAAUAGCAUCUCCAGGGCGCCACCAUCCCCUGAGAUCGACGCAGCUUGGGAGCGCAUCAGUAGCUUGAUGCCGCACGUAAUAAGUACGGAGGACGUCAUCAGACUAGGAAAAGACCCUUCAAAAACCGCAAGAUAUCCCGAGGAUUGGGGAUUUGGGCCAGAUGUCCACGUCGCUGAGCUGGAUAUUUUACACACGAUUCACUGUCUUAAUGCAAUACGACGAGACGUUCAUUGGCGCCACUAUUUCAUUGACGAUUACCCGGACGGCAACUUACCAGAGCUUCACCGCGUUCACACAGAUCACUGCAUUUACAUCGUAUUGCAGAACCUGAUGUGUGGAGCAACUCCAGACCUGAUUACGCAGCCCUGGGUCGAUGGCCAGCUACAUCCCUUUCCCGACUUCAAUAUCAACAAGAAGUGCAACGAAUUCGAUUCAAUACUUGCAUGGCAUGAAGACACUAUGAUUACGGACUCGGCGCGAUUCGCUACGAUGCGCAUACCCUCAGGACAAACACCCUUACCUAUGUCAGAUGAGUUCCAUCGUAUGUUCGGAUUAGACUCUCACAGCGCGGGUGGCCAUGAUCAUGGACAUUUCAAGCGGAAUGCGUAUUAG